ACACCACACAUUCCUUCACCAUCACUGACAUGUGAGUCCCAUUCAGAACAAGCCACUCGUCACUUUAUCACAAAACACCAUUUGGGUCUCUGCCUUUCCAUCCUAACCAGGCCAUGAGCUCUCUCUCUCUCUAUCAACUCUCAUCUCUUCUCCACAUGAAUCUUGGCUUGGCAUGAGUAUGGGUUGGAUUUCAUGUUGAAGACAAAGAACAAAGGUUCCAAGAGCUGAAACCAUAGGUCUGGUCUGCGUACGUAGCAGCGUAGAGAUAGCAAAGAUGACAAACGUUCGCUUCGUAUCCACGAGUACCGUCCGGCCAGCGAGUACCAGCGAGUCAACCCCAAGGAUUGAGCUAACUCCAUGGGAUCUUCAAUUUCUCGUAGCUGAUCACAUCCAAAAGGGCAUCCUCUUCCUCAAACCCACACCCUCACAAGAAGAAAAACUAAAACCCACUCUCAUUGAUCACCUAAAGACCUCUCUGUCCCGCACAUUGGACAUUUUCUAUCCACUCGCCGGCCGCCUUGUCAUGGUUGAAAACGACGAUGAGACCGCCUCGUUCUUUGUUGACUGCAAAAACAUUGGAGCCCAGUUUGUCCAUGCAGUGGCAGAUGGCGUCGCCGUGUCCGAUAUCCUUCAGCCCCUCUACGUUCCAGAUGUUGUCAACUCCUUCUUUUUGAUGAAUAGGGUGUCGAACUACGAAGGUGUUUCCAAGCCAUUGCUAGCAGUGCAAGUGACUGAGCUCGUUGACGGUAUCUUCAUCGGUUGCACUUUAAAUCACAGCGUUGCGGAUGGCACCUCCUUCUGGCGUUUCUUCAAUACUUGGUCUGGGAUCUCUAGGGGUUCUGAUCCCACAUCACUUGGUCUGGGUUCUCCAAUCAUCCAAUCGAGUUUUCUUGAUGGUAUUAUCGAUCUCCCCAUUCGAUUUCCUUUCCAGCGCAAAGAAAUUCAGGAGAGAUCCAUUGCUCCCCCUCUGAAAGAAAGAGUUUUUCAUUUUUCGAAGGAGAAAAUCCAACAACUUAAAGCAAAAGCAAAUGCUGAAAUGAGCACCGACAAGAUAUCGUCCCUUCAAGCGGUUCUGGCUUAUCUUUGGCGUUCUGUGGUUCGCAGCCGCCGUCUCAAUGCUGAUGAAGAGGUUUGUUACUGCGUACUUAUGGGAAUGAGGCAAAGAUUACAACCACCAUUGCCGGAAGAGUAUCUAGGAAACUCGAUUCUAGUUGGGAACGUAACGGCCACUGCAGGCGAUCUUCUUGAACACGGACUAGGCUGGGUGGCUUUGCAGAUAAACAAGACGAUUGCUUCUCAAAGAGCAGAAGUAAUGAAGUAUGUGGAGGAUUGGAUAAAAACCCCCAAGUUUGUAACAUCCAGUGCCAUGCUAAUUAGUAAUAAAUUGGGCACAGGAAGCUCGCCGCGGUUCAAUGUGUACGGUAAUGACUUCGGUUGGGGAAGACCCCUUGCGGUCCGGAGUGGUGUUGGGAACAAGUUUGACGGGAAGUUAACAGUGUUUCCUGGGCCAGAAGAAGGAAGUAUGGAUUUUGAAGCUUGCCUCUCGCCUGAGACGUUGCUGGCUAUGGCGGACGAUGUAGAGUUCAACGAGGCAUUGGUCUCAUAAACUUCCUUGUGAACUUUCUUCCGCGUGGGCAUGUUGGAAAUGUAAUUUGAAAUACGUCCGUGCAUGAUGGGAAAGUAUGUACCAGAGUUAUCCCACUUGGAUUUACUUUUCUGAGUUUCCUCAAAUGUUUGAUUUUAAUUAAUUUGAACUUCGAUAUAUCUCUCUAUUUAUGCUUU